GAAACGGGGAGUGCCUGCCACGCUCCUCCAAGGGAAAAGACGCCAUUCUGGAACUGGCGACAGUCCCCACGGCCUGACCUCACCCCGUUUUGUGUUUCACAAUACAAUUGCAGGUAGUUUGCGAAGCAAUCGCACCUCCCCACUCACAACAAAGGCACUUUCAGCCUCCCAACCCAAGAAGGGAAAAAAACCAAAAACCAGAUAGCUUUCUGUUCCCAAAAUCUAUCCAAAAUCAAGUGUCGCUGAGUAAUUUGAUCAACCAUAUCUCCGCCGUCGUCUGAUCUCACUGACCCUUUUCACCCUCACUCUUCACAGUUCCGACCAAGAGGAUUGAGUUCAAAGAAGAUAGAAGAGGAGACCCAGGAAGACUUCAACUGGGUCGUCUGCUUUCCUCGUGGGAGCUCGGGUGGGGGGAGACACUAAAGAAUUUAAAGGUGUCGGUAAGAUUGUAAUGCUGAAUGUUGCUGCCCGUUGGUGCUUUAGGGAUGAAUUCUGCGAUGGAUGAUAUGAACCUGAUUCAGCAGGCUCAGAGACACCAUCUGGUGGUUAGGGAGCUUGGAGAAGAGAUUGAUUUGGAAAUUGGGCCUGGUGAUGAUGAUCCUUCUUUCGGGAACACCACUCUCAUCAGCGGUCCACCUCGAGAAACCUCCGCAGAAGAGCAUGACGAGAGCAAGCAGAUGGUAAUGGUUCCACAACUAGUCAACGAAGAUCAGGAUAUGUCAAAGCUACAACCAGCAAAAAGAAAGAAAAAGGUAGUGAAAAGAUGGAGAGAGGAAUGGGCUGAUACAUACAAGUGGGCUUAUGUUGAUGUGAAGGAAGGGACAGCUAGGAUAUUUUGUUCUGUUUGUAGAGAGUAUGGAAGGAAACAUAGAAGGAAUCCUUAUGGGAAUGAAGGCAGCAGGAAUAUGCAGAUGAGUGCCCUGGAAGAACACAACAAUAGUUUGCUUCAUAAAGAGGCUCUUCGUCUCCAAAUGGCCUCCAAGGAUAAGAUAGUAAUUGAGAGACCCGUGUAUGCAAAAGCACUAAUGUCAAAAACUGCUGGAUCAAUUGUUGAAGCUGUGCUGAGGAGGGAUCCUCAUGAUGUUGAGUUCAUACAAUUGGUGCAAGAAACCGUUCAUGCUUUGGAAAGAGUGAUUGCUAAAAAUUCGCAUUAUGUUGGCAUCAUGGAGCGCUUGCUGGAGCCAGAGCGUGUGAUUCUUUUCCGAGUUCCCUGGGUUGAUGAUAGGGGUGAAACACAUGUUAAUCGAGGCUUUAGGGUACAAUUCAACCAGGCAUUAGGCCCAUGUAGGGGUGGUAUCCGCUUCCAUCCAUUGAUGAACUUAAGUAUUGCCAAGUUUCUUGGUUUUCAACAGACUCUAAAGAAUGCGUUAUCACCAUACAAGCUGGGAGGGGCGGCAGGUGGAAGUGAUUUUGAUCUAAAAGGAAAAAGUGAUACUGAGAUCAUGCGCUUCUGCCAAAGCUUUAUGAAUGAACUCUAUCGCUACUUGGGUCCAAACCAGGAUCUUCCUUCAGAGGAGAUGGGUGUUGGUACUCGAGAAAUGGGUUAUCUCUUUGGACAGUAUAGACGUUUAGCUGGUCAUUUUCAGGGAAGUUUUACAGGGCCAAGGAUAUUCUGGUCUGGUUCCAGCCUUCGAACUGAAGCAACUGGCUAUGGGCUGGUUUUCUUUGCCCAGCUUAUGCUUGCUGACAUGAAUAAAGAACUCAAAGGACUGAGAUGUGUUGUAAGUGGGUCUGGGAAGAUAGCAAUGCAUGUUAUUGAGAAGCUUCUUGCUUAUGGUGCUAUUCCCAUUACAAUAUCGGAUUCAAAGGGUUAUUUGGUGGAUGAGGAUGGAUUUGAUUACAUGAAAAUAACAUUUUUGAGAGAUAUCAAAGCUCAACAAAGAAGUUUGCGAGACUAUUCAAAGACCUAUGCUCGGUCAAAGUACUAUGAUGAAGCGAAACCUUGGAAUGAAAGGUGUGAUGUUGCAUUCCCCUGUGCUUCACAAAAUGAAAUUGAUCAGUCUGAUGCCCUUAAUCUGGUUAAUUCUGGGUGUCGUAUACUCAUAGAAGGUUCAAACAUGCCUUGCACUCCUGAGGCAGUUGAUGUUUUAAGAAAAGCCAAUGUUCUUAUUGCUCCUGCAAUCGCUGCUGGUGCUGGUGGGGUUGCAGCUGGGGAACUUGAAUUGAACCAUGAGUGUAAUUUAAUGCAUUGGUCUCCUGAUGAUUUUGAAUCAAAAUUACAGGAAGCAAUGAAACAAACGUACCAGAGAGCCCUCAAAGCAGCAGCCGAUUUUGGUUAUCAGAAGGAGGGUCCUGAGGCUUUGGUACAUGGAGCAGCCAUCUCUGCUUUCUUGACUAUUGCUCAAGGUAUGGCUGAUCAAGGAUGUGUAUAGUGCAGAUAGUGACAAGAACUGAUACUUUAUUAUUCGGAUGUGCUUACCGAUGAUCUUCAAGAAAUUUACAUACAUAUUGGCAGUGAGAAAUUUACAUCGUAUUGCCCUGUGGAUUUUUAGAUUUCAUACUUGUAAGCUGCUGCCUUGAACAAUGGUUUAGAGCAGGUGAUCUCUCUGUAUCAUAUUGUAAUGUAAUGCCCAAGGCUUGAAAAAUUCCAAUUUGUGGAUUAUAAUGCCAGGGUAUAUACAUGGAGUAGUUAUAUAGCAUUAGAGUAGGGGUGUUUGGGGGGGGGGGGGGUUGGUGUGGUGUUGGGUGGGGAGAUAAUUACAUGGCACAUUAUGUUCAGGCCACUUUACAUGCCUGUAUGCCUCUUCAAUGUUGUGAACAAGUUUGGUGGUACUCAGUAAUAAGAUCUUUAUUCUUUGUAUAAA